AUGCAUCCGCCGACCUCGUCGGAAGUAGCAGCUCCGCACACACGUCGCAGGUGGUCCUCGCUAGCCCUAGCGCACCAGGAGCUCGUGAAUGCCGUGUCGCAGCCGUCCCUCUGCCCUGAGGUCGCCCACAGCUGCUCGUCGGAGGCGGCUUCUCGCCAGCUCGCCACGUGCCUGCCACCACAAUUAGCGCACGUUGGAGCUCCUGGCUCCCCUUUCGUCAACUGCUGGAGCUGUGCUCUCCGUCACAUCGACACGGACAGUGGCGUUCCGGCGACGGAAUGGCGCCUACUUCAACUCUCUGGGAGCACGCCAGCGAGUCCGCUACGCCUGUCGCACCUGCUCUUCGCAAGACUGUCAGCAGAGGAGCUGAUGGAGAGACACCCAGGAAGCGCAGGAGCGCCCGCAUAGCCGCCA